UAAAGGGUGGCGUCGCGAUGCCCCGAUCGCCAUAUCUCGCGUAGACAGCAAACCCGCGACGCCCCUCGAGUCUGAGAAAAUCUUGUGACUAUAUCAGUGACAGCCACGUGAAACGCAAACGGUACGGUUACCCAACGUCUCCGGAGACAGCUAACCCUCGUCCCGUCUUCGAUACUUCAGCAACAGGUGAGCCGAAAUUUGGUUGAGCUUAUUUCAGCAAUUAGUCAAAGAACUUCAUGAUGAAGAGCAGAACUGGUCUGCUGACGUCCAGCAUGGCACUUCUUUGUGUCGUGAGUAUAGUAAAGUCAACGGCUGCUGUGGAAGAAACUCCAUCGUCAUCAGUCAAUCUUCAACACUAUAAUUCAGUGUUGAUGGGACUUGAUGAUCCUGUACCCGAGAAGAAAGCAUACACCUACGUUUCCGAAUACAAGAGGCUACCGGUAUAUAAUUUUGGCAUUGGCAAGCGUUUCUACGACGGUGGCGAUAACAAAAGAGGACGUGAGUACUCCUUCGGCUUGGGGAAACGGACCAGACAGUACAACUUCGGUCUGGGCAAACGUAGCGACAACGCCGACUACCCAGUCUUGCUGAACUUUGAUUAUCCAGCCGACGUCCCGCUGCAGGAGAAUGAUUUCUUCGAGGAGAAACGCGACAGACAGCCGUACAGCUUCGGCCUGGGUAAAAGAGCGGUGCAUUACAGCUCCGGACAGUCGGGGAAGAGAGUGAGCGACCUCAGCCAGAGAUACCACUUCGGCCUCGGAAAGAGGAUGCUGGACGAAGAAGAGGACUCGCUGCAAUAGGGUCCCUCACGGAUGAGGGAACCAUUAUCAACUAAAAACCGUUCCCACGUCGUCGACGUAAACCAUUAAAGUAGCUCCACUUCGAUGUCGCUCAGUUUUAUUGUCAGGCGAGAAGUAUAUCGAUUACACAACAAUCAGGACACGUUUCUCGAGUUUCGACGCCUCUCCAACGAGUUCCUCGUCUUUCUUCUGCUUCCCGCGCGUCGGACCUCGAUCGUUUUCUUGUUUCCCUUCUGGGAUUCGAAGGGAUGCUGGUAUUUAGUUGAUAUCGUUGGUGAUGGUCCUCCUUGAUUCGUAGUGUAAACAAGUAGUAUCGAGCUGGGUAAAUUAAUUUACGGACGUUUCCGCGUCCUCUUUUAAUUUGUAACGAUCGAAUAAAACGAUUAAAUGUACGAUUGAUGGGUAUUAUCAUUUUUAUCUUUUUGUAAUAAAAAUAACAUAGACUAUUGCCUCGUGAACUUCAAUAAAGUAUUUGUAGACCUUGUCAAGUGUUCCUUCAUUCAAUAAACGAUUGUUUCCAAUGUUUGAGCAAAAGGAAAGACUGACGUUCACGUUUCACUUUGCAAUUGAAUUUGCCCAGCUCUGCGCCCUCCCCUCAAUUUGCAGCCGUGUAUAAAAGAAAAAAGUGCACCGAAACAACGUCUUUGAUCUGACAAUUAUUCGAAAAGCAAAUAAGAUCGUAUCACUGUAACAUUUUUCUAGAAUUAAUUUUAAGCGAACCUUGUUUCGAUUUCUGUUCAAGUAUUUAUCAAAUAAAUGUUCUUCAAAAAGUAGUGGAUGAUAAA